AUGUUUUUCAGGGUCAAGAACAGUGCUAAACUUACUAAGCUAAUGGACAUUUAUUGUGAGAAAAGGGGACUGAAGCCAAAGACUGUCCAGUUUAUAUACAAUCACAGGCGCAUUACCAGAAGACACACACCAGCUGGGCUUCAAAUGAAGGAUGGUGAUGAGAUCGACGCCAUGCUUCACUUUAAUGGAGGUGGUUAUAAGGCUUCCAAACACGAAGAGAUUUAG